GCACCAGGCCAUUGGCCAAUCUAGUCCAACAUCCUGUCUGUUUAGUGGGCAACCAGAUGCCUAUGGAAAGCCCCAAAGGACCUAAGUGUAACACACUCUACUCUCUAAUUAUUCCCAGAAACUGGCAUUCAGAGGCAUACUGCCACAGCGUACAGAGCUAAGCCAAGGUUUUGGUUAGUGUGUCAUCUGAACUGGGACUCUCUGUUAACCUCCCUCCUCACUAAGCACAAUCUGUAGCCUAGGUUUGUUUACUUGGCAGCAAAAAUGAACAGGUAGGAGCAAAGUGGCCGGAAGCUCAUCUCCAAGAACCUUCACAUUCGUGAGAUCCCAGUGUGCCAUAGUUUGACUUACCAUUUUGUGCAAAUCUGGCCAGCAACUGUUAUUAGCUGCCAGCCAAAGACAAUACAUUGGGAAGGAAGAGCAAGUGCAUAAGAGAACCACUUAAAAGUACAAUGUGCUUUUACUGCAAACAGAACCCCCAGGAUACUUUGCAUGGAUAUGAUUUUCACUGGAAACUGGAUAGCCAUUAAUGUUUGUAAUUUUAUGACCUGUGCAAAAUUGAAUGCAUGAAUCAAUAAUAAUAUUAGCACUAAGUCUUCAGCUGCUUCCACAUCUUGUUGGGAUUCUUCAUAUCCAUUGUAAUUCACUUCAUGUGUUUCUUAAUGUUAGAACUGGAUGCAUUUAUGGCCUUGAUUUUAUUUGUGCAACUAGUCUCUUUGAACUCCUUGGACCCAGAACCUAAAUCUGCUUGAGGAUUAUAGGCUUCAUUGUUAUUGCAAAGUUAAAGGAGUGUUUCAUUUGUUCAAAACUAUUUUGUUCCGGCUUGGACGACUUUUAUCAAUUACUUUACAAUCUGUAUUGUGGGGUGGGAGGGAGAGAAUAUUAGUAGACAUAAGAACAACAUUAUUGAUACGAUCUCUCCAACCUACAGGUGGCUGACUUCACAUCUGUAACAAUGUCCAGCAUAAUAAAAGAAAGACUUGAACUUCAAAUGGCAGAAUUAGAAAUGCUUUUUUCUAUGUUUCCUGAUAAAGGAGAAAUAGCUCUUCAGGAUGAAAAUAAUUUCCUUAAUGCUCAGAAAUAUAUGAGCAAUACAAGUGAAAAUCCACCGCAUGUAAUUGAAUAUUCAGUUGGCGUUACUGUUGAUGAACCAAAGGCAAGAGUAAAUUUGCAGGUAGCCCUACCUCAUGACUACCCCCAGGUGCCACCACACCUUUUUGCAAGAUCAAGUGCUGUAGACAGGCAGCAACAACUGCAGCUCAACAAGGAUCUCGCUUCUUACAUUGCUUCUUUGGAGUCAGGAGAACUUUGUGUAUGUGCAGCUGUGCAGUGGUUGCGAGACAACAGCAUAAGCUACUUACAAAACAGCAAACUCCACUGCGAAAAUGUGCCAAGGGAGAGCGUAGUUAAAACGUUAUUCAGCCGGAUGUGGAUUUACAGCCACCACAUCUAUAGACAAGAACUAAGGAAAAAGAUUUUUGAUUGUGCAAAGAAAUUAAAUCUGACUGGUUUCUGCCUAACUGGCAAGCCUGGAAUCAUUUGUGUGGAAGGUGUCAAAGAAAACUGUGAAGAAUUUUGGCAUGUUAUUAGAUAUCCCAACUGGAAACACAUUUCCUGCAAACAUGUUGAGAAUAGAGAGACUGACGGAAAUGGGGAUAACCUACGUCUCUUUCAGACUUUUGAAGAUUUACAGUUUCAAGCCCAUGGUGACUACGGCCUGAGGAAUGACUAUCACAUGGACCUUGGUCAGUUCCUAGAAUUCCUUAAGGGUCAUCAAAAAAUGAAAUCCAUCUAUGAAUCUGCCACAAGAAAAUAAAAGUAUGGAUGAGUGAAUGUGACAAGUAA